AUGAAAAAUAACGACCACUGGGAUGACAUGGGCCUGUUGAUAAAGGGUGAACGUGCCGGGCGGUGGGGGCAACUUCAGAGACGCUAUGGGCUCGCUCUUCAUCUAUGCAAGAUGAGACUGCUGGACGGCAAGCUUUCCGAUCUGUUGUGGAACACAUGGGACCGAGAAGCAAAAGACCGCAGGGAUAAAGUAUUUGCUGUCUUGGGUCUUGUCGGCAAAAACAAGGGCUUGUUGUUGAAGCCCGAUUAUUCAAAAUCCGUCAGACAGGUAUUCUGCGAGACGGCUCGAGAUGUGAUUCGCAUGGAGGACAAACUCGACAUUCUUUUGGCCGCGAAUGGAACCAGAAACGAUGUCGAUGGUGUCCAGCUGCCGUCCUGGGUUCCAGACUGGCGGAAAGAAGCGCACGAGGCUAGACCGGUUAUGUUCGUUAACCGCGCGCGUCUGAUCUCUCCAUUUUUCGGCAGCGCCAUGGAAGUCAGACAGGUGUUUGGGCAUGGCUAUGCCGCUUGCGCCGACGAGAAGCCAGUAGUUGGUUUGCUGACGAUCUUGACACUCUGCAUACUUAUGCUAUAUUCGUUGACGAGGCCAGCAGUUCGUGUGGCACUGCUUAGGGACCUGGCCCAAUCGAGCCUUGCUUACUUCCUAGCUCAUUAUGCUCUCGCAAGCAGCAAAAGCCGUCCAAGGAGUGACUUGCCACACAUCGUUGACAUGACAUUGUGGGCCGAUAGCACUACUUCCGACGCCAUACAAAACUUGAUGCCGCUGCGGCAAUUCUUCGUCACGAAGUAUGCCAGAUACAUAUGCAUUGGUCCGGCUGCGCUGUGA